CUAAGAAUUUCGUGCCGGGGGACUCACAAUAUGUCGAACAUUACCCCGGAAGUUGUGUUGUCAUACGACAAGCCAACCAGGGGUUACCUUUGUCCUCUGAGCGCAAACACCUACGGGAUAGAGUUCCUGAAGUUCGAAAUUAAGGAUUACGACACCAACCGUGUGGUUUACCAGGUCGCCCGCGAGCCUGACCCCGAGCCGCUGCCGGAUACGCUUGACCCUGAGGUGGAGAACUUGAUCCGCAGCGUAAAGUACACAUUCCCAGCCAGCUUCCUGAAGUUCAAGACCGUCAGGACGCUACUCGAGUUUUGCGUUGGGCCACAGCCAGUAGGCAACCUCCGCAUGAUUGAGCGGCAUUUCUUCAAGGACAAGUUGGUGCGCUCCUACGAUUUCGAGUUCGGCUUCUGCAUUCCCAACAGCACGAACUCCUGGGAAGCAAUUUACGACGUUCCAGAGCACUCCACAGCAAUGGUGAACGACUACGUUACCCAUCCCUUUGCACACAAGUCUGACAGCUUCUACUUCGUUGACAACAACCUUAUCAUGCACAACAAGGCUGAGUACCAGUACGUCAGAGAAUAAAGGACGAGGGAGCAGUGCAUGGGGCCACAGCGUUUUCAGUGUGUGGGGCGCCGCAGCGGCGCAUGGCAGCUGUUGAUUGCAGCGGAUGGCAGGCUGGCGUAAAACCCAUAAUUAGGCAUGUAGGUUAAAACGGGAUGACAGCGACCAUGUCGGUGCUGCGUGGUAUGCGGCGGAU